GGAAAGGCUUGCACAGUAGCGUGGCCCGGUAGCAUUGUUUGAAAAUGUGGUCACUUUAUGUAAUAUGUAUACUUGCUUUAAUUGUUGUUUUAAUUAGAAAAUUGUAUUUGAAGGCAUAUAAAGAACAUAAGAAUGUCUGUGUCCUUGUUCUUGGAGAUUUGGGUAGAAGUCCUAGAAUGCAAUAUCAUGUUAUAUCACUUGCAAAAGAAGGAUUUACCGUAGAUUUUAUAGGUUAUCCUGGCUCGUUGCCAUUAAAAGAAAUAAGAGAAAGUCCUUGCAUACAUAUUCAGUACCUUCCACCUCCACCAGAAUUAAACAAUAUAUUAUCCCGUCUUCCAUGUUAUGUAAUAAAAACAUUAUGGCAAACUAUUACUCUAUCAUGGAUUUUGUUUCGAAAACGUAUAUCAAGUCAUGUUCUAGUACAGAAUCCACCUGCGAUACCAACACUUCCAAUUUGUUGGUUUUAUUGUAUUAUAAUGAAUUCACAAUUUAUAAUUGACUGGCAUAAUUAUGCUUAUACUCUAAUGGCACUUGGUUUGGGAAACGAUCAUUUGUUAGUUAAAUUUGCAAAAGUAAUCGAAACAUAUUUUGGUUCUAAAGCACAAGCUAAUUUUUGUGUUUCUAAAGCAUUGAAGAAAGAUUUAGAAGUAAACUGGAGAAUCAAAGCUGAAGUAUUAUAUGAUCGUCCAGCAAAUGAAUUUCAUCCUAUAUCAUUAAUAGAAAAACAUACAUUUUUAUUAAAAUUAAUCGAAAAAUAUAAUAUAUUUAAAGGUUCAAAAGAAAACUCGACUAUAUUUACAGAAUAUAUAUCAAACAAAGUACAUUUAUCCUCUGAAAGACCUGGCUUCAUUGUUUCAAGUACAAGUUGGACAGAAGAUGAAGAUUUUUCAAUGUUAUUAAGUGCAUUGCAAGAAUAUGAAAAUGCAAUUACAAAGAAUAUUUGUAAUCUACCUGAUUUAAUUUGUGUAAUAACUGGUAAAGGUCCUUUGAAAGAAUUUUAUAUGGCUAUUAUAAAAUUAAAAAACUGGAAACACGUUACAAUUAUAACACCAUGGCUUGAAAGUGAAGAUUAUCCUAAAAUACUAGCUAGCGCCGACCUAGGUAUUUGUCUCCAUACAUCAUCUAGUGGUUUGGAUUUACCAAUGAAAGUUGUUGAUAUGUUUGGAUGUGGACUUCCAGUUUGUGCAUAUGAUUUUAAAUGUUUAUCAGAACUUGUUAAACAUAAUGAAAAUGGAAUGGUUUUUUCAAACAAAAAAGAACUAUCAGAUCAAUUAAAAUUGUGGUUUGAAAAUUUCCCCAAUAAUGAUUCUCAACGUGUGUUGGACGAAAAAUUCCGGAAGGAACUUCGUAAUUUUCAAGAAAAUCGGUGGCAUAGUAACUGGACUUCUGUUGUGCUAUCUUACUUUAAUAAAUAAUUUUUAACAUAUUCAUUUUACGCAUGUGUAUAUUGUUUAAAGUUUUUAGACCUAUUUUUUACAACAUAUAUUUAAUGCAUUGACUGAUAAGGUAAGGGAUGGGCAAUUGAUA